AUGGGUAAAGAUUAUUAUAGAAUACUAGGGAUACCCAAAAACGCCAACGACGAUGAAAUAAAGAAAGCCUACAGGAAGCUCGCCUUGCGCUACCACCCCGACAAGAACAAAUCCCCCGAUGCCGACGAGAAAUUCAAAGAAAUCGCCGAGGCUUUCGAGAAGAAGCGCGACAUCUACGACGCCUACGGCGAGGAGGGCCUCAAGGGCGGCGUCCCGGCCGGCGCCGGCGCCGGCGCUGAUUGCCGUUACACCUACACCUUCCACGGGGAUCCGAGGGCGACGUUCGCCCAGUUCUUCGGCAACAUCGAUCCCUUCCAGGACUUCAUCGGGUUCUUCGGCGGCGAGAACGCCGCCCGGCGCGAUCCCUUCCAGCAGUUCUAUCACGUCGACGCGACGCAGCACUCGCCCUCCUACCGGCAGGAUCCGCCCAUCGAACGGGAGCUGUACAUUCCCUUGGAGGACAUCCUCACCGGCAAGUAUCCAAGUCCCCCUCGGCGAUCUUAA